CCCCCCUGGACUGUGCUGGAGCAUUGCUACUGCCGGACUCCUGGGUUCCCUCUCCGGCUCCGGGAGGGGAGCGAGGUCUAGUGGUUAGAGCAGGGGGGCGCCAGGACGCCUGGGUUCUCGCCCCGGUUUGGGCUCGGACCCGGCACCGCCUGUCAGCCCUCAGCAUGUGGGGUGGCUCGACCCCCGUCCCGGCGGAGUCCUGGCUGCUGCUGGCUGCCCUGAUGUGGGGGACCCGGCCCCCGGCGCCCUCCCAGGCUGCCCCCCUGCAGAACUCCAGCCCCCUGUACCAGUUCGACGGGCAAGUUCGGCUCCGACACCUGUACACGGCCAACGCCCACACGCAGCUGUACCUGGAGAUCACCCCGCAGGGCGAGGUGCGCGGGGCCCCCGACCAGACCCCCUACAGUCUGAUGGAGAUUAAGGCGGUGAAGCCUGGUGUUAUCCGGAUGCAGGCGAUGAAAACGCUCCUGUUCCUGUGCAUGGAUCCCAGUGGGCAUCUGCAUGGGGCGAGCUCCUACUCGGAGGAGGCCUGUAAUUUCCGCGAGAAGGUGCAGCGGGACGGUUACAACCUGUACUUCUCCGAGAGCCACAAGGUCCCCGUCAGCCUGCGGCCGGCGGAGGGGCCCCCCGGCCGAGGGCGCCCGGCCCCCCGUCUCUUCCACUUCCUGCCCAUGGUCAGCCGGGUGCCGGUGGAGCCCGUCCUGCUGGAAUACGACUUCUACGGCGACCCGCCGCUGGAUGUGGAGUCCUCCGACCCCCUGAGCAUGAUGGGUCGCCUCUCCCGCGUCCUGAGCCCCAGCUACAUCUUCUGAGAGCCUGGACUCCUGGGUCCCCUGCCCGGCUGGGAGGGGAGUGGGGGCUAGUGGUUAGAGCAGGGCGGAGCUGGGAGCCAGGACUCCUGGGUUCUCUCCCCGGCUCUGGGACCGAGGAUCUAUGGACGCCGGCGCUGAGCCGCCUGAGGGAGACACUGGUCCCGGAGGCGCAACGUCAUCGGUCCUCGGGGCCGACUCCCACCAGCCGUAUUUGGUUCCUAUUUUUCUACGUAUUUAAUAACUUAUUUAUUGUGCCGAUGGGUUUAU